AUGGCUCAUAGAGAGGAGACUUCAAGAUAUGAUCUAUUGUUAUUUGAUUUCAGUACUGAACUUCAUGGAAUCAUUGAUGGAACAAACACUAUAGAUAAUGUGAAUAUAAGAAGGAAGAAGGAUGGUGAGUUACCGGUGUUCAGUUAUGAUAGUGUAUUAGCUGCAACUAAUAAUUACUCAGCUGUCAAUAAGCUUGGACAAGGAGGUUUUGGACCAGUCUACAAGGGGAAAUCAUUUAGAGGGCAAGAAAUUGCAGUAAAGAUGCUUUCAAAAAGAUCUGGACAGGGGCUUGAGGAGUUUAGAAAUGAGACAAUACUAAUUGCCAAACUCCAGCACAGAAAUCUUGUCAGACUCUUAGGCUGCUGUAUUGAGCGAGAUGAAAAAAUGUUAAUAUAUGAGUACAUGCCCAAUAAAAGUUUGGAUUUCUACCUCUUUGAUCAAACCAAGAAAAGGAUGUUAGAUUGGGGGACACGCAUACACAUUAUUGAAGGGAUUGCUCAAGGGCUUCUUUAUCUUCAUCAAUAUUCAAGGUUACAGAUCAUACAUAGAGAUCUAAAACCCAGUAACAUUCUAUUGGAUAGUGAAAUGAAUCCGAAAAUAUCAGAUUUUGGGAUAGCUCGAAUAGUUGGAGACAACGAAACACAAACAAACACACAUCGAAUUGUCGGAACUUAGUAAGUAUUUCACAUCUAAGAUUUGCAAAGAAAGCUCUUGGGAAUAUCACAAUUGUUACUACAAUAUUUUUACAAAUUGAUGUGACCGUUUAUAAUUGAUAAAAUAAUUAAGAGUGUAUAGUUGACAA